UCACACGUUGGUAAAGAACCGUUGCCUGAAGGUCUUUUUUGGCUUUUGGCAACGGGUGAAAUUCCUUCUCAGGAGCAAGUUCGCGUACUUUCAGCUGAAUUGGCUUCUCGUUCGGCGAUUCCUUCAUUUGUUGAAGACCUCAUUGACAGAUGUCCAAAUACUCUACAUCCGAUGUCUCAAUUCUCAUUGGCUGUUACAGCUCUACAGCACGAUUCGAAUUUUGCAAAAGCCUAUCAGACUGGCGUUAAUAAGAAUGAAUACUGGUUAUACUUGUACGAGGAUGCGAUGGACUUGAUUUCUAAGCUGCCUAAUGUGGCAGGAAGAAUUUAUAGAAAUGUUUAUAAAGAUGGCAAAGUGCCACCAAUUGAGCCAGACCAGGAUUAUUCGUAUAAUUUUGCAAAAAUUUUAGGAUAUGCCGAUAAUAAGGAAUUCGUGGAAUUAUUGAGACUUUAUCUUACAAUUCAUUCUGACCAUGAGGGUGGAAACGUAUCGGCUCAUACGAUGAGAUUAGUAGGAAGUGCACUUUCCGAUCCAUUUCUUGCAUUUUCGGCAUCUCUAAAUGGUUUGGCUGGACCAUUACAUGGUCUCGCCAACCAGGAAGUAGUUCGUUGGAUUCUUAAAAUGAGGGAUACCGUUGGUGAAUCACCUUCCGACGAAACUAUUAAAGAAUAUGUUUGGAAUACUUUGAAAUCAGGAAAAGUAGUCCCAGGUUAUGGACAUGCUGUUCUCCGUAAAACGGAUCCAAGGUACACGGCGCAACGUGAAUUCGCGUUAAAACAUCUUCCAAAUGAUCCUCUUUUCAAGCUCGUAUCACAACUAUACAACAUUGUACCUGAUGUGUUACUUGAACACGGUAAAACGAAAAACCCCUGGCCUAAUGUCGAUGCACAUUCUGGUAUAUUAUUACAGUAUUACGGCCUAGUUGAGCAAAAUUAUUAUACUGUACUUUUUGGUGUUUCAAGAUCUUUAGGUGUUUUAAGUCAGUUAAUUUGGGAUAGAGCUUUAGGUUUUCCUAUUGAAAGACCAAAAUCUUACUCAACAGCAUUAAUCAAAAAGAUGUUUGAAGAACAACAAUAA